UGCAGGAAACAGGUCAUUCUGUCUAUAUUUAACCUAUAUAUAUUUUUGGAUUCUAUCUAUUCUGUUCAAUUUGUCUAGCCGUUGACAUAGAGUGUUCCUGUGCUAUAAACUUUGUUCCUUCGCUUACUUAUCCACAGCUGCAGUACUUAAGUGCAUAUCGGAUUAAACAGAGAAAACGCGCCCCAAAAUCCGAAAAAAGAUGUUAUUUACUGAUUCAAUGCAGAAUGGAACAACAAACGGUACCGAAUAUAGUGUCACCAUCGAAGAACUCAACAGACAACAAGUUUUGAUAAGGAUCCCAUCUACCAUUCUUGUUAUAUUAACAAUGACCAUAGGUUUCGUUGGAAACAUUUUAACUGUUUACGUUUACGGAUUUCGCUUGAAGUUAUCCCCAACGUACCUGUUUGUCGUCAUGCUGGCUUGUGUAGAUUUGAUACUUUGUGCUAUUGUAUCACCAGGUCGCAUUGUCCAAAAUGUUUACCCCAUGAUGUCGACCUGGGAUGCACUGUGCAAGAACCAUAUGUGUUUGUCUGUCUUUACAGGACUUUGUAACUGUGGUUUUCUAGUGUCCAUUUCUAUAGAUAGAUAUAGAAAAGUAUGCCAACCGCUGAAGUCUCAGUUGUCAUUGAAAGUUGCUAAAAUUAUAACAGCUUGCAUUCUUAUUUUUUCCGCAAUACAGGGAAGCAUUGCUCUUCUAUACUAUGGAAGUAUCAAGAAAUCAACUGAUUAUCCUGAUAUCUAUAGCUAUUCUUGCUCAGCAAAAAAAUCCGAGAAGCCAAACUAUUACCAACUUGGAUUCUUUGCAUUCUAUCUUCUCUUAACAUUAUUUGCGUUCGUUGAACUCAGUGUAGUUUACACCAUAAUUCUUCGAAAAAUGAAAGUGAAGGAGAAACAAAUUAUUGUAUCACAACAAAAUAGGAAGAACGUUACAAGUGCCCUGUAUCCUGAUGAAACACAACAGAGAUGGAGUAAUAUACCAAAAAACACUGAUCCUAAUGUACCUGCAGAAGUUGUUGAAUUGUCUGUAGCAGAAACAUCAUCCGGUGUGUCAUCGGAUGAUACAUCAAAUGUAAGUGCAAAAAAUACAAAAAACACUGCACCUAUCGCGAUUAAAUUACGGGAGACGGAUAACGAAAGACGAGCAAGAGAGCAAACCAAAAGGAUACAGCGUAUUACUGUAACAAUGAUGAUGAUUACUCUGGUGUUUAUAAUAACCUAUAUACCCUGCGUUAUUGCCAUGAUGGUGAACGCAGUAUUGAAAUCCGAAGACACAAUGUCAGUAACAACAGCUAUAUUCUAUUGGCUCGCAAGACAUACGUUUUACCUUAAUUCAAGUUUAAAUCCAAUUAUUUACAGUUGCAGGAAUAAGAAUUUUGUAGACGAAGUAAAGAAGUUGUUUGGAUUAAAGCAGAAAUAAAUAGAAACAAAAGCACGCAUCAAUCUGAAAUAUAAAAUCAGCGAAAGCGAAACUGCUCUAGCAAACGACAAAUAGCAGUGAUAAAAAUUAAACGCAGAUUCGACAAUUUGUAUUCCAGUUCUUCGAAAUCAAGUGAACUACCACUUCAUUGACUUAUUGCAUGCGGCUGGGUCUGACGUAACCUUCUUAGAAAAUCAAUGUAAUUAUAUUGGUCUACUUUAAUGAGAGUUACGUGUCCACCUGUAAAAACUUCUGAACUAUUUUCUACUCACAUUUCACUCACAGUAUUGGACUCGACCUGAGAUUAUGUUACUCAAUCUGCCGGAUCCCAUGAUUGCGAAACAAACUUCUCACCACUGUACCAACCACCUACUACUUACAUAGUUUCUUCUCCUUCUUCUUCUUCUUCUUCUUCUUUUUCUUCUUCUUCUUCU